CAGCGUCAGGCGACAUAGUAUGAGCGUUAUGCGUGUGAUUUCAGCUGAGUAGACGACUUCAUACCUAAUAUAUUCCUACGCAAGGAACUCAAAAAAACUUGGCUUCUCCCAUUAAAAGAACCAUACAUACCAGAGAAAAGAUCGAAAAAUGCAAACAUGGAGUAUGAGAAUGUUUUCCACACCAUACUUCCGAGCAUGAGCUCCAAAAUGUCUCGCAUGGUCGGCAGCUGCUCGAAACCUGACUGCGAACACCACAAAAUAGUCGAGAGCAUCCUAAAGCUCGCAGGACUCCGUGGGAUUGAUCCGUUCUACGGUCUUAUAGGAGGUUGGUUAGGAAUCGAGCCGUCACAUCUGCUCAUCGCGAUUGGUGUCAUCUGGGCUUUGAGCAAAGUACUCCGCCAACUGUAUAACUUUCUUCGCGGCGUCGUUACCGAGCACUUCAUGAGCAGUGUCCAGGUCUCUAGCCGCGAUACCGCGUGCAGAUAUUUGCUAGAUUGGCUCGACUCUCAGCCCACCAUGGCUAACUCGAGACACCUGAAAGCCGAGCGUAUGAUUACGAAGACGGAAUGGAUAGAAGAUGAUAAGUCUCUCCUGGGCCGAGACCGUUCGGGGCGUUAUAUAAACUACUCUAGCAUUCCGACUAGAAUUAAACCCCGGUACGACCCGGCAGUAGGGAAGCACAGUUUCUGGUGGCAGGGACGGUACUACAGACUAAGGCGUAAGCAAAAGACAUUAUUCACCGAGCCUAGCCAAGGCCAGUCCGUUUUUCUAAACCAAGACGACAUCAUCAUAUCUUGCUUUGGCAGGAGCCCAGAACCCAUCAAGCACCUCCUCGCGCACACCCGAGAACAAUGGUUCGCCGCGCGACAAAACACAACCACGAUCCAGCGGCCCAGCCACAAAAAAUCAUCCUGGAAGACGGUCGCGGACCGGCACGCGCGGGACAUCAGCACCGUGAUCCUGGACGCGGCGCAGAAGCAGCGGGUCCUGGCCGACCUGAACGAGUACCUGCACCCGGACACGGCGCGGUGGUACGCGUCGCGCGGCAUCUUCCUGCGGCGCGGGUAUCUUUUCCACGGCCCGCCCGGCACGGGGAAGACCUCCUUGGCCUUUGCGCUCGCGGGCGUUUUCGGCCUCGGCAUACACAUCAUCUCGCUGCUGGAGCCGAGCUUGACGGAGGAGGAGCUGUGCACGCUGUUCGCGGAGCUGCCGCGGCGGUGCAUUGUUUUGCUGGAGGACAUCGACACAGCCGGGCUCCAGCGCGCCGAAGACCCCACUCCCACUCCCAACCCCAACAACCCCGACCCCUCUUUACCCACCCAUGCCCACGCCGCCGCCGCCGCCGCCACCUCUGGGGUCCAACGAACCGGGAUCUCGCUCUCGGGCCUGCUAAACGCGAUCGACGGCGUCGGCAGCCACGAGGGGCACCUGCUGAUCCUCACCUCCAACUCGCCGGAGCAGCUGGACUCGGCGCUGAUCCGUCCCGGCCGCGUUGACCUGCAGGUGAGCUUCACGAACGCGACGCGGAUACAGGCGGCGGGGUUGUUCGUGAGCAUGUACCAGCACUCCUCGCUCUCUUCUCCCCCCUAUUCUUCACCUUCACCUGCCACUUCUUCUGCUUCUUGUUCCGAGGUGGAAGCAACGAACAAAAGCCUCACUGCCACGAUCACCCCCGACACCCUCUCAGCCCUCGCCGAAGCCUUCGGCGCCAAGAUACCCGAGGGCCAGUUCUCGCCCGCGCAGAUCCAGGGGUACCUGCUGAACCGCAAAACGGCGCCGCGCCAGGCGCUCGAGGAGGCUGACGCGUGGGUGGACGGGGUGAUGAGGCAGAAGGAGCGGAAUAGUAAGGUGUUGGGGUUGGAUUUCUUUUGAGUACUAGGUAGCAGUGGGAUAUUUGUGCCUAAGUUAGGUACCUAGUAGGUAUACAGUCGAUGUAUAAACCUGCGAUCUGGCGUUGUAAGGGGAUCUAUUAGAAUAGAGCACAGACCGUGAUGGGGUUACUAAGAUCCCGACUUUCAAUUUACUGUUAUUGUUACUUGAGAACGGGCUGUGGAUUUAUACGAGUGAUACGCCUGCCGAGAGUCACCAUUAAAAAAGCAA